AUGGAUCAAUACACGCAACAAUCAGCUCUACCACAACGCCGUACUACUUUGGCACCUGGACGAAUGACAAGUUUAGCAAAUCGACCAAAUUCUAUGGCGCCUGGACGAAUGACAAGUUUAGCAAAUCGACCAAAUUCUAUUAAUAUUAUUUCACAAGAAAGAAAUGAUAUUGUUCGACAGAAAGAUCCCCGUCCUUUGCGCGAUAAAACUUAUCAAAGUCAAUCGAUAAAUUUGAUUAUCAAUCAUCUUCGACAAUCAAAUUAUCAAUCUCCAAUAGAACAAAGAAACUUAAUUAAUCCAACAGCAAAAGAUUUUCUUAAUAUUUUCAGAUUUUUAUAUAAGGAUCUGGAACCUAUUAAAGAUAUUGUUAGAGUAGAAGAUAUUGCAGGAGCCUUGAAAACUAUAAGGUAUCCUUUCGCUCAUGAUAUAUCAAAAUCUUCUUUGCAAGCUGUUGGAAAUCAACAAACUUGGCCAUUACUUCUUGGGAUGCUAAGGUGGUUGGUAGAAAUUAUUUCUAUAGAAAUUGAACAGCAUGAGAUGACUUUAGAAAGUGCAUUUUUCAGUUACCUUUCGAGUGCGUAUGAAUUAUUUCUUAAUGGAAUUGAUGAAUUUCCCGAGCAGGAGGAAGAAUUGGCAGUUAAUUUUGAUUGUAUGUGUGAAAACCUCAUCAAACAUAGUGAAGAGCUUCAAAAAAAUGUAGAUGAGUUAGAAGGUGAAUUAGGUCGAAUGAACGAAACAAAGGAUCCUCUAAUGGAAGUAAGAAAUGAAAAUCAAACAUUGCGAUCAGAUGCAGACAAAUUCAAUAACUAUACAAAGCAUUUGGAGGAUAAGAUAAAAAAACUAAAUGAUGUUAUUAGAAAAUUGGAAGAACAACAUAAAGACACCGAGAAGCAGCUAUCAGAAACCGAAAGUGAAAAGGAAACCAUACAGAUACAAGUUAAUAACCAAUCAAUAUCUCCUGAUGAUGUUGAAAGGAUGCAUAAGGAGAGUGAACAGAUAGCCAAUAAUCGAAACUCUAUCUCUGCGAAAAUGAAAGAAAGAAAUAAAUUAAAAUGGGAGAAAGGAUUGGAAUUUGAAAAGGAAGUUGCUGAAGUCGAAAAUUUAAUUCAAUACUAUAACACAAACCUUUAUCGUAUUGCUAAAUACACAACAGGCGAUAAUUAUGAACUAUCAGUUGAUGUCAAUGCAGGUCGAAUUGAUGAAAUUCUUUCAUCGGAUUUAAGGGAUACCGUCAAGUCGAAGCUUGCAGAAAUUCGACAACAAAUCAUUAAUGAACUUUAUAUAACUCAAGAACGAAUAACUCGAGCUACUGAAGAGUUACAAAGCCUUUGUGACGACAUUGGAGAUAAAGAGUCAUACUUGCAUAAUUUGGAGGAAAGUGAAAAUACACUUUCGAAGCAAUUUGAAGAAGCGAAGUUAACGGAUCAAAGUGAAACUGAUAAAUUGAUAAAAAGAAUAGCUACUUAUGAUCAAAGGAUAAAACAAUUUAGAACUGAAAGCAAUUCCAAAUAUAUUGAAUGGAAACAUAAACGACAAGAAACGCAGAUUCAAUAUGAUCACGUUUCUCGAGAACAUAAUAAUGCACGUGAGGCCAUGAAUAACGAAUUUAAUCAAAUAAAAAAUGAGCAACUUCGAAGGUUAGAAAUUAUUUCAUCAGCCAUUUCAAGUUUACAAAAGACAUCUAGAGAAAACUUGAAUGAUGGAAAGAUAGAGGGAUAG